UGAUUGCAGAGGAGAAGAAUCUAUAUAUAUAAAAGGAUAGCAGGCAGGGGUCUGCAAAAAGAUGGGUUGUGAGGGAGGAAAGAGCCCCUUCAGGAGAAGGAGGAUGCCAUUGUGUGAAUUAAAUGAAGAAACAAGAUGAACAAAAUCUGUUAACUCAGUUAGGGAGGGAGAGAGAGAAAAAAACAUGAAGGGAAGGGAAAGAAAGAGUGGGGAAGAGCAAGUGGAGGAGAGAGAAAGAAAAAGAAGGGAAAGAGAAAAGAGACAGAAGGAAGGGCAAGGGACGGGCCUGAGCCUGUCAGCAGCCUGAGGGGAAUGAACGGCCAUGGCAGCACUAGCAGCAAGGAAGGGCCCAGUUAACCACUGCUGCUGUUUGAGGCUACUGAGGCCAUUGUCAGAGGGAGGCAGGCAGCCAAGGGAUGGGCCUGGGCCUGUCAGCGGCCUGAGGGGAACGAGCGGCCAUGGUGGUGGCAGUACGGCCUGGUCAACAACUGCUGCUGCUCCUGGGGGGCGCUGCAGGGGCGCGAGCGAGCGGGGGCGCUGCAGGGGGAUGCCACAGAUUCAGUGCACAACUGGACAGAUGCUCUGUGCGGGGUCAGCUAGUACACAUAUAUUUUAUGACACAUAUUUUAUGACAUAUCCUGUUCUUCUUCCAAAGAGUUCAGGGUAGUGUACAUGUUCUUCCUCCCCAUUUUUAUUCUCACAACCAUCUUGUGAAGCAGGUCCGGAGGAGAGAAUGAGUGUCUCACCUAAAGUCCCACAGCAAAACGGGAGGAUUAGAGGUGUCAGAUCACCACAGGCCAGCAUGGUUUGGACCACCACUACAGAAGUGACCCUUUGAGAUUAGAAGAGGAAGGGAGAGAGAGCGCGUGCCAGUCAGCCUCAGCGCUUAUUUCCUUAACCGCUUCCAGAUAUGUCAAAGACCCUUGUGAUUAAGAAAAAUCUGAAGUAACAAGAUCAACAGGAACAGAUGUUUUGCUAAUGGGUGUAAGCAAACUAGAUGUUUUGUACAGACGCCUUCUUCUCACAAAACUUUUCAUUCAAGGAUGGGGAAGACCUGAAGACUUGAAAAGAAUAUUUGAAUUCAGAAAGAUUAUUGGAAACAGGGAAAAAUGCCAGGACCUGGUUGCAAGAGACUAUCCUGUGCAUAUCGACAAGGCUGAGGAGCAAUCAGAUUGUAAGAUCCUUGAUGGACACUUCAUUUCUCCUUUGGCUCACUAUGUUCCAGACAUCAUGCCAACAGAAUCCAUCACAGCAAAGUUUCAGUUUAUAGUACCAAAGAGAUGGAACAGCAAAUACAGACCUGUGUGUAUUCAUUUAGCAGGCACUGGAGAUCAUCAUUUUUGGAGGAGACGUACUUUAAUGGCCCGUCCAAUGAUCAAAGAGGCCUCCAUGGCUUCAUUGUUGUUGGAAAACCCGUACUAUGGAUGUAGAAAGCCUAAGGAUCAGUUAAGGUCAUGUCUAAAAAAUGUCUCGGACCUGUUUGUGAUGGGAGGAGCCCUUGUGCUGGAAUCAGCAGCUCUUUUGCACUGGCUUGAGAGAGAAGGCUACGGACCUCUAGGAAUGACUGGAAUAUCCAUGGGAGGACAUAUGGCAUCCCUAGCAGUGUCAAACUGGCCUAAACCAUUGCCACUAGUCCCUUGUCUUUCCUGGUCUACAGCCUCUGGCGUUUUUACAAAGGGUGUACUGAGCAAGGCAGUGAACUGGAGAGAACUAGAAAAACAGUAUUAUACUCAGAGUGUUUAUGAAGAUGAAAUAAUUCACAUGCUUGAAUAUUGUGGAACAGAUUCAUUCAAGAUGGGACAAGACUUUGUUAAAAAUUCUCCCAGCAGUGUGGACAGUUUGAGCAACCUGGAUCUGAAUUCCAGUAUGCUGAACCUGGAUACCAGAAGCAAAAUUCUGUCUUCGGAAGUUGGUCGCUGCCUUAGCACUAGCAAGAGUACUCUAAGUGCCUCAACGGAAGGACUGUUAGUGCAAGAGGCACCCAAAAUGCAAUGCAUAAACCAGACGUUUUCAACCAGCAGCAGUAGCAAUAAAGACUUUACCAAUGAGCAGAAACAUCUGAUAAGUGGAAAAAGUGACACUUUACAAAGAGAAUCUCUAAGGUUCAUGAAAGGGGUGAUGGAUGAAUGUACCCAUGUAGCUAACUUUUCAGUCCCAGUUGACCCAACACUGAUCAUAGUUGUUCAAGCCAAGGAGGAUGCUUAUAUUCCAAGAACUGGAGUGCGUAGCCUUCAAGAAAUAUGGCCAGGAUGUGAAGUCAGAUAUUUGGAUGGAGGUCAUGUUAGUGCAUAUCUUUUCAAACAAGGAUUGUUCAGGCAAGCCAUAUAUGAUGCAUUUGAACGCUUUCUUCAGAAAUAUGCUGCAUAGUCCUAUGGUGCCAAACUAAUCUGUAUAGAUUUGUUCAGAGUUUCUUUACAUGGAUCCUCAUGGAAAUGUUACGUGGAGAAAAAGUCUGUUAGAAAUGUUAAAUAAAGUCACCAAGUAGAUGGCAUAUUCAACUUGGUCAUGCAUAAAUAAGAAUGUAAUCAACCAAAAGUCAAUCUUAAAUUAACAUUAAUUGCUACUGUGACAAUUUUGCACAAUUUGCUAAUGUUGGGAGUGAACAGUAUCCAGGCUAAAUUAGUCAUGACCAAUAAAUGACUAACUAAAGUCCUGUUAAUUUCAAUGGGAUUUAGUGUGAAUCCUGCCCUGUAUCUGUAAAAUAUGCUACUUUUGAAAUGCCAAACUUUAUUUGGUGAGUGCACAUAUCCAUCUGUACGAGACCAAUGCACUAUUGACGGAACUGUUUGAAUUUGGGUUUGUGUAUCUUUCAGCUUCCAGUUUCUUGCUUCAGUUUGUCACAAAUUCAAAAAUGCAGGAUUAAUUGGGCAAGAGCAAUCAAAGUUAUUACUGAAUAGGAAAGAAAAUUAGUCUCAUUUAAUUAGAUCAACAUUUUAAAGGUGUUCAAUUAAAAAUAUGCUUGAUAGCCUACACAGAUUUUGAUUUGGGGAGUGAGCCUAGAUGCAGAUUCCAAACCCACAAACUUCAGUGUCCCCUGUCCAGCCUGCAUCUGCUGCUACUACUGCUUAAGUUCAAAGAGCAGUGUUGAUACCCUCCUUUCCUAUGCUGCCUCAUUGGUUCUUAAAGCAAAACUAUUUGUCUAGGUUCAGCUUUAAUAAUCAUUUAAAGUGAGAGUGCUAUAUGUACCUCUUUUUUGUCAACAUGGGUGGGGGGUGGGAGGUAUGCAUACUUCUUUCCAGGAGGAAUAGUAAAACUGUCAAACUGCUACGCCUGAAACAAAUAAAAGCAAAUUAAGCCAUCUAUAAAUGCUGCAUGUGUUUCAUAUUGAGUGUUUUAAUUUGGCUUUGUUGGAGACCAUUUUUCAAAUGAUUGCAUAACUCUUUGCACUAGCAAAAAAAAAAUCUGUGUUUCUAGGUUUUUUUAUAUCCUGCAAUAAAUUAUUCAUCAGAAUUCUCUCUCUCAUAGUGGAAUUUUGCUUCAUAAAAAAGCUAGGGCAGUCUUACAUAUCCAGUGAGAACUUAAUAUUGAGAGUUCUGGUGUCAAACCUAUUUUUAGUGAUGGUGCUUAUGUGACUGACUAAUCUGAGGUUAAAAGAGUAGUAUGUCUUGAUACAGUGGAUAAAGAGAAAUUAUGUGUUACAGUAACAAAUACUGGGUGUUCUCACCUUUCCUAGUACACCUGCCCAAAUUCUUUUUAAAAACAACAACCAUAAAAACAAGUAAAUUAAAUAUACAACUUUUGUAUUGCUUUUCUUAAUAGCAAUGGGAAGUGAGUGUGUGAUGUGUCAAUUAGAAACAAAACACAUCUGAACAGAUCAUGGCCAGAAUAUUCAGACUUUUGAAGAGUCAAGUCAGUAUGGAACAACUUCUUGAAAGAACCAAAGUCUGAGGUGGAUACAUGUCAAAUAAAAGCUUUCCAGAACUCACUGACUUCCCAAUUGGCAAAACUUUACACUGAAGAAGCUGCAUCAGAUGGAAAUCCACAUUUGAAAGAGAACACACAUUAUUUCUCACAAGAUAGAAUUGAUCAGUAGAAUGCAUUUGCUAGACUUUAAUCUCUUUCAUGGAGAAAGAGAUUAAAGUCUAGCAAAUACAUUCUACUGAUCAAUUCUAUCUUGUGAAAUAGUUUAUCAUUCCGUUAAGUAUUCAUGGGCCAGGUUUUGAAACAUGAGUAGCUGCAAAAAAGUGACUUAAGAAUUGAAUGUUCACAAAUGCUUGAAGGAUGAUUAACAUUGGCCACAAACUGUAAGGUGCCAAAACUUUAAUAGCACAACACUCUCUACAGCUAUUAAAAUGUUAGCCUAUUAAUUCUGCUCUAGUAAAAUCAAUAACACACUCUAUACGCAAAUAACAAACCUGUCUAAACAUAACUGCUUUAUAUGAAGAAAAGACUGCUUGUAUUACUGAAUUAUUGAAUUACUGAAAAUUACUGAAUCAUAAGCAAGUGCUUUCUACUCAGCAAUGUUUUCAAAUAGUUUGAAUACAUGUAAAAAAUUCAUGUUCAGGGCAUUUCUAUGUGAUUACUUUGUCCUAAAGAUUGGUAACUAAUCUCAGUACAAAUAUUGUGGACCUUACUUUAUAUGAAUGUCUUUACUAUUCUAGCCUAGCUCAUUUCUUUGUUAAAUACAAAAAGGUACUAAUGUUAAGGGGGGGAAUGAAUUAGAGGGGGGAAAUCAAUCUACAACUCUGUAUAUUUUGAUUUUUUUUCUCAACUGCGUUUUCUAUUUUCAAAUAAACUUUAAGACUUCACAACAUUA